UUUCUUUUUUCUUCUUAGCUCUGUCUUUAUUUUUUCACUGCCCAAUUAUCUUACGCAAACCGGACCAUUUCAUUUUCAUUUUCAUUUUUUAAUUAUUUUUUCCUUUUCUUAAUUCCUUUCUCUUUCUCUUCAUCGGUAUCGUUGUUGGUAUUUGUGAACUUGGAUUCGUUUCCUUUGUCCUUUUGACAUCUUCUUCUUCUUCUUCUUCGUCUUAUUCUUCGCUAGAGAACACUGAAAACAGGCCCGGAAGUUUGAAUUCGAAUCUAAUUAAACUGCUCUGAAUUUCGGAUUGGAAUAUAAUGAUCUUUUAUCUGAUUGGGCUCUUCGGAUUCAAUCUUGUUUUCUCUAAUAAGUAAUAAUCUCUUUGGACUCUGAAAAAAAAUAAACAAUAAAAACGAUUUAAAGGGUCUUUUUGAUUUGGGAAAAAUGGGUUGCUUUUCGUGUUUCGAUUCGAAGGAGGAGGAGAAACUGAAUCCCGAUAAGCAAAGCGAUGAUCUAAAGCAGAGUCAACAACCAACGCUUACCUCUAACCUCGCCAGAUUGCCUUCAGGAGCUGAUAGAGUCAGAUCAAGGAGCAACGGAGGGUCGAAAAGGGAAUUAACCUUGCCAAAGGAUGUGCCGGGGGUUCAUAUUGCCGCACAAACAUUCACUUUUCGCGAGCUUGCGGCAGCAACAAAGAAUUUUAGGCCGGAGUGCUUCUUGGGGGAGGGGGGAUUUGGGCGCGUGUACAAGGGGCAGCUAGAGAGCACUGGUCAGGUUGUUGCUGUUAAACAAUUGGAUAGAAAUGGUCUUCAGGGUAAUAGAGAAUUUCUGGUUGAGGUGCUCAUGCUUAGCCUUCUGCAUCACCAUAAUUUGGUGAAUCUGAUUGGCUAUUGUGCCGAUGGCGAUCAAAGACUUCUUGUUUAUGAGUUUAUGCCUUUGGGAUCGUUGGAGGAUCACCUUCAUGAUCUUCCACCUGAGAAGGAACCACUAGAUUGGAAUACAAGGAUGAAAAUAGCGGCCGGUGCUGCCAAGGGCUUGGAAUACCUGCAUGACAAAGCAAACCCUCCAGUUAUUUACAGGGAUUUUAAAUCAUCCAACAUAUUACUGGAAGAAGGAUUUCACCCGAAGCUUUCUGAUUUUGGGCUUGCGAAGCUAGGUCCCACCGGAGACAAGUCACAUGUGUCAACCAGGGUUAUGGGCACUUAUGGUUACUGCGCUCCUGAAUAUGCAAUGACAGGACAGUUGACAGUGAAGUCUGAUGUUUACAGUUUUGGGGUAGUCUUCUUAGAGUUAAUUACUGGGCGUAAAGCCAUUGAUAGCACUCGACCCCACGGAGAGCAGAACCUCGUCACAUGGGCACGGCCGUUAUUCAAUGACCGCCGGAAGUUUUCAAAACUGGCUGACCCACGGCUGCAGGGUCGGUAUCCAAUGAGGGGACUCUACCAAGCUCUGGCUGUGGCGUCGAUGUGCAUCCAAGAGCAGGCUGCCACUCGUCCUCUCAUUGGAGACGUAGUUACUGCUCUAUCGUAUCUAGCCAACCAGGCGUAUGACCCCACCACAACCUCAGGACAUGGUUACAGAGGCUCUGGAGAUAAGGAUGACAAAAGAAUCAGAGAUGGUGGGAGGAUACUAAGGAACGAGGAAGGUGGAGGAUCUGGUCGUAGGUGGGAUUUAGAGGGGUCGGAGAAGGAGGAUUCUCCCAGAGAAACUGCAAGAAUACUAAACCGGGAUUUGGAUAGAGAACGAGCAGUUGCGGAGGCAAAGAUGUGGGGAGAGAAUUUGCGAGAAAAAAGACGACAGAGUGCACAAGGAAGUUUUGACGCCGCCAAUUCAUAGUGCUCUAGUGUACAUAAUGCUGCACCUUCUUCCUGCCUUGGCUCCUUUUGCUUUCUCACAAGAUGGAAGUGCAGAAAAUUUCGGAAUCUGUGCUUUGUUUGAGAACUGUUAUAUUCUAUAAGUGCUCAGGUUGCUGCUUAAACUGAGCAUGAUAAAAAAGGAGCUCAAUGUAAGUGACUUGGUGCCAACAUGGUUUCUAAUUUUAACACUUUUUUUUUUAUAAAUAAUUUUCCAUUUUGCUUUCAUUACCAUCAUGAAGUAGGAAGAGAAGAAGAAGAAGAAACCAUAAUUGAGAGUGUACAUUAUCUGCUAGGAGGGUGAGGAGUAUAACAAAGACGUAUUUAAAAAUUUUGAGAGUAAACAUGUCUAGGGAUGAUGAGAUAAUGGUUCUUCUCUGUCUUUGUAGUACAUUUUGCACUAUAUAACAGCUGUUAUGUUGUACCUUGUAAGUCCUUUUCGAACAUCUUUACAAUUAACGGACAUGUAACAUUGUUUCCUUA